AUGGAUAAUAUGGUCGAAAAGGGAGUUGUUGACUUCAGUGACAUCGAGGUUGAGAAGGAAAAUGUGUUACCGUUAAGGAAGGGUAGAUCUGCCAAACGGUUAGUGAAUGUUUUGAAACAGCGAGAUUCUGAAUUAGAAGUUACUCGAGCUAGUUUUGAAAGGAGGUUAGAAACUGAGUUAUCCACACUCGAUGACCCCUUAUGUCUGUUCUUGGAAUACAUGGAUUGGCUACAUAUUGCAUACCCGCAAGGGGGAAACUCCAAGGGAAGCAAUAUGUUACAUGUCAUGGAACGAUGUCUCAUGCAUUGUAAGGCUUUGGAAUGUUAUACCAACGAUCCCAGAUACUUAACGCUUUGGCUGAAUUACAUAGAGCUGUUUUAUCGUGACAGUUAUUAUGAAUCAAAGGAUAUUUUCGUGUUUCUGUACAGAAAUAAAAUUGGUGGACAACUUUCGAUGUUUUACGAGGAGUUUUCCAACCUCUUAUGUGAAAUGAAUCGCUAUAACGAAGCCUGUUAUAUCUUAAAUGAUGGUAUACAAAGAGGAGCUGCCCCUACAGAUCGUUUGAGAUCAAAAUUUAACGAAACGAAACUUCAACUAGAUGAAUCAACUAUUUCACUUCCAAAUAACCACUUAAAUAUUUUCGAAGACAGCGGUCAACCAACCAUUUUAAACCGCAAUAGAAAUGAUAUACUGAAUGCUAGUAAUAUGAAAAUACGGCAUUCACAGUCAACAACUGUUGAAACUCCUAUCUACAAGGAUAAUCAAGAAUUUACUUUAACAAAUUCAAUUCACCUGGAUGCACAGGCAAAUUUCGAGUUGAAAGCUUCAAGAAACAAAGAAAAUAAAAGAUCUGUAGGUGUGUUGAAACCGGAAAGCAAUGUGGGGACUAUCCCCCAAUUUGAUGACGAAGGGCCUGUAACCACCAGUAAAACAAAAUUCAUAUUUAACGAUGACCUAGGGAGAAAUGGACCCAUUUAUUACAUUAAUACAAUCGUGGGACAAAAAUCGGAAAAGAUCGAUUGUAACAUUAAAUUGUUACAUGCAAAAACCAAUGAAGAAUAUUCAGUAGAACAAUUACUGGCACUUUCUAGAAAUGUCUAUAAAAAAUCCUUGAAACGGUCAAAUGAAUCUGACUUGGCACCUAUAAAGCGCUCAAGGAUCAAUCAUAUUUGA